AAAAAAUAGCCUAAUGUGAAUCGAUAAUAUCCACGCUGCCAGCACUGGUAUGCUGGUUAUCGAUAAACGCAUUCCACUUUCGACGCAUACAGAAUUUGCAAGCUGCAGAAAAUUUUAGAAUACGAGGAUUAUUUGCGAUAUAUUGGCAAAAAAGAGCUGCUGUUGUCUUUGAAGCAAGCAGAAGAGAUCCGCACAACCAAAUUACAAGAAAGUUCUCAGGCAGCACCAACCGAGGAAAGAGCACCGGAAGAGCCGCCCAUGAGUAGUCAUCGAGACGGAGCCGGAGCCGAUCGAAUCACAAUCAAAAUCCACAACAUGAAGCGCAGCGCCUCGCGCUCCCCGGGUCCGGCCGCCAGGAGCAGUUUGUCGCGCAACUCGCGGAGCAUGGGUCGUGGCUACGACAACGGAAGCGGGGUGCCGGGCGACUCUCCGGAGCGCCUGUCGCCGGAGCGCAUGCGGCGCCGCUUGGAACGCUCGCCGAGUCCACGUGGCCGCUACGGCUCUCCGCACCGGGAGCCCUACUUGCGUGGUCCUCCACCCGCUGAGCGACCCGCUGCCUACAAAGUCCUGUGCGUUAGCGCUCUGCCGCCCAAGGCUCCGGACGAGUUCAUCGAGGAGACCCUGUACCGCGAGUACAAGAAGUUUGGAGACUUCAGUGUGCGACUGGCUCAUGAUCUGGAUGAAAGGGUGGCCUAUGUCUGCUUCCGGACUCCGGAGGAUGCGCGCGAGGCCAAGCACCACAAGCCGCGCCUCAUCAUCUACGACAAAAUGGCCAUAGUGGAGCCGGUGUACAAGUCCACGACUAGACCGGAGUAUAGACCUCGCGGGCACUCCAUGUCCCCGCCAGACUACGAGCGCUAUCAUUACUCUCGAUCACCCAUGGGCCCGGGGGCUCCUCUGGAUCACCGCCGGCCCCCGCUUGAUCCCUAUGAUCGCUACGGUCCUCCCCAUAUGCAUCCGCAUGCUGUACAUCCACGGGAUUACCGGCCAAUGCACCACGACUAUCCACAUCCGCCACGCGGUCCACCUCUACAUCGCGGCGGCCAUCCGCAUCACCUCCAUGGUCACGCUCCACCCCAUCAGUAUGCUCCAAUGAGGCCGCUAGCACCGCGUCCACAUGCUCCUUACGAAAAGCCAGAAAGCAAAAAGGACAAGUUCCCCAACUACUUGCACCACGUGCAGCCCGAGGAUGAUCCCCUUUCCACGCGGACUCUGUUUGCGGGAAAUCUAGAGGUGACCAUUGCCGACGACGAGUUGCGUCGUAUAUUCGGAAAGUAUGGAGUGGUGGAUGAUAUCGACAUCAAGCGUCCACCGCCUGGCACGGGCAACGCCUUCGCUUUUGUCCGCUACCAGAAUCUGGAUAUGGCUCACCGGGCGAAGAUCGAGCUUUCCGGCCAGUACAUUGGCAAGUUCCAGUGCAAGAUCGGAUACGGCAAGGUGACUCCGGCAACUCGAAUGUGGAUUGGAGGCUUGGGCGGUUGGACCUCAGUCACCCAACUGGAGCGCGAGUUCGAUCGUUUCGGCGCGAUCAAGAAGAUCGAGUACCAAAAGGGCGAGCCGUACGCUUACAUUCAGUAUGAGACGGUGGAGGCGGCCACGGCGGCGGUGAAAGAGAUGCGAGGAUUUCCACUGGGCGGACCGGAGCGUCGUCUUCGCACGGACUUCGCUGAACUACCGGGCGCCACACCGGCACCACCAUUUAAGGGCUCCAAGCCGCCAUAUGACGAAAGUGCGUUGGAGUACCGGCGUCCGGAAUAUGAUCCGUACUACGAGGAGUCGGCGUCCUACGCACCGCGAGGGGGUUACUCUCCGUAUCCACCCAGGGGUGGUUACCGUGGACGUGGUGGCUAUCGCGGAAGGGGACGCGGCAUGUAUCACUAUCACAACGAUGUUCAUAGGCCGCCGCAUCCUGGAUCCUUGGGUGGGUCCUCGUCGUCGGUGCCGCCUCCUGGAGGAGUGGAUGAUGAGUGGCGACGCCCACCUGGAGAAUCCUACGACAGGGGAGCGCGCUCCAGCUCUCGAGAGCCUGGCGUGGAGCGUUCUCGGUCCAGAUCGCCUUUGAAGCGGGCUCGCUCUCCCGGAUCCGAUUCCGACACUUCGACUCGCCGCAACGACGCCCUUGGAUCGGCCAGUACGGUGCCGGAGGUGGCUCGCAAGUGCAGUACGGUGUGGACCGGAGCUCUGAUCCUUAAGAGCUCUCUGUUUCCAGCCAAAUUUCAUUUGACGGACGGCGAUACGGAUAUCGUCGAGUCGCUGAUGCGCGACGAGGAGGGCAAGCACAACCUACGUAUCACACAGCGAUUGCGCUUGGAUCCGCCAAAGCUGGAUGAUGUGCAAAAGCGAAUUGCAUCAUCGUCGUCGCACGCCAUCUUCAUGGGCUUGGCUGGGUCCACGAUUGACACCAAUUGCGACGAUGCCAGCGUGCAGACGCGUCCGCUGAGAAACCUGGUCUCUUACCUAAAGCAGAAGGAGGCGGCUGGCGUCAUAUCUCUGCUAAACAAGGAGACGGAGGCCACCGGUGUGCUGUACGCUUUUCCCCCCUGCGACUUCUCCACAGAGCUUCUGAAGCGCACAUGCCAUAGUCUGACAGAGGAGGGUCUGAAGGAGGACCACCUGGUCAUAGUGGUUGUGCGCGGUGGAACGGCCUAAGGUGGAGCAGAAGCGGUGGGGAGGAGAGGCGGGUGCUGGACAAACUGGAGGUAAUGACUAGCCACAGUGCUCAAGAAGAGGGUCCACCCCACAUAACUAUAACAUAGCAGUCGUAGUCGUAUCUUAGAUGGCCUGGCCCCUCGAAAGGAGGAGGACAAAGAGGGUCACAUACACGCAUGGGUCGUGUAUGCUCAUCCUCCAAGCACCGCACACACACACAUAGACACACAUGAUGCACACAUCCAGAGACAUGAGCAGAACCGAGGAGAUAUCACCCACACCUCAUGACCCCUAACCCCUAGCGUAUUGAUUAACCAUUAAUUAACCUUCUUUUGCAGACAGGAUCUCUCUUUAUGGUUUCAUUUCAAGUUCUCGAUGUGUUAGUGCCAGUGAAGUUCAUACAUCCUUUUAUUAUUGUGCUAAAAGUUCAAGAAAGUCGAUCAAGAUUGUAUUUAAAACCAAACCUGCAAUUUUUUCAAUUUUAUUAUGUUAAAGUGUACAACUGAGAAUGAAAAGAACAUGAGUAAAAAGAUAACAUUUUCCAAAAA